CUAAAAGCAUAAUUUAACUCAUGAAUAAUCGAUUCCUCGCAUUGAUUGUCUACCCAAAAAUGACACCCAAACAAACAUGGCCUGGCAUGGAUGCGUUCGCUGCACUGCAAACAUCAGAGAACAAUGUGUAUACCUUCUUCAAUGGGUAGCACUAGUGGCGAGAGAGAGAGAGAGAGAGAGAAGAGCAGCGAAGAAGUACCAGAAACGGCGGCUGGCAGCAGACGAAAGCAGUUAGCGCUGUCACUGUGAUUGACUACUGACAGUCCAUUGAGGAGUCGUACCCGGAGCCGUAGUCGUAGUCAGACUCUGAUUGAUGCAGUACCCCCCGCGCCAGAGACGGCAACUGCCCCCUUCCCCAGCCCAUGCCACAGCCUGCCAUAGCCUGCACUUGUGCACCACCUGCAACAACGUGCAAUUGUCGCCGUCGCCAGCGGAGAGGGACAGGGAGUGGAUGGCUGGUUGGGGCUCGGGAACAGGAGCGGGAGCGGGAGCGUGAGCGGGAGAGACAGACAAGCGACAAGAGACGACGACGAAGACGACGUCUGAGCCACUUAGAAAGUGUGAUUGAUUUUGGCAUCAGUGUGAGCCCAUUUCUUGUGCUUUUCUAUGUCCCACUCAUUCUUGUCGGCGGCGGCGGCGGCGCUAGAGAUGGUCCAUGCUCGUGAAUCGAUGAUUAGACAUGGCAGGUCAGGAUGGAGCAGGUGAGCAGCUUGUAAGUGGGUUGCCCUGGUCUUGGCGGACGACGUUGAGGUGGUGAAGGCCAUUGCCGGCGGCCCCGAUGAUGAUCUGGCACUGGCCCUCUCCGAGCACGAAAACGAACUGGAUCAGAUGGCACAGGAGUCAGAGCAGGAGCAGCAGCAGCAGCAGCAGGCCCAGCAGCAGAUCCAAAUGCAGGUACAACAGCAGCAACAGCAACAACAGCAGCAGCAGCCACCUCCACAGUCGGUGAUGGUGCCCAAGGUGCAGGUGCACUACCAGCACAACAUGCCACCGUCCCCGCCCCAAUUGGGCCUCACAUUGCGCAGCAACCACCAAAAUAUUCCACUGAGCUUUGGCCAACCCUUUGGACCGCCGCCACCGCCGGGAGCACAGUUCUACAAGGGCCCACCGCCGCCACCCCAACGCCAGUCCCAACAGCAACAGCAGCAGCAACAACAACAGCAACAACAGCAGCAACAGCAGCAGCAGAUGCCACAGCAGGUGCAGGUGCAACAGGUGCAGGUGCCCGAUCUGAGUGUGGGUGCGUCCAGCAACAACGAGAUCUGGGCCUCGCCGGUGCAGGACAUGCCCAAGAUUGUGUCGCUGGAUGUGAAGUGCGAGAAGAACGGCAUGAAGGUGUUCGUGCAGUUCGACAAGCCCUUUAACGGCAUCGUCUUCUCCAAGGGCCACUACAGCAACAUGAACUGCGUUCAUCUGCCGUCCGGACUGGGUCGCACCUCGGCCAGCUUUGACAUCGGCCUGCACGAGUGCGGCACCGCCGGCAACACGGACAACUACAGCCAGGGCUAUGGCCACGAUCAGAGUGUGUCUGGCGCCGGCACCGGGGCGGGCACCUACUUCGAGAACAUCAUUGUCAUCCAGUACGAUCCGCAGGUUCAGGAGGUGUGGGAUCAGGCGCGCAAGCUGCGCUGCACGUGGCACGAUCAGUACGAGAAGAGCGUCACCUUCCGCCCCUUCCCCGUGGACAUGCUGGAUGUGGUGCGGGCGGACUUUGCCGGCGACAAUGUCGGCUGCUGGAUGCAGAUACAGGUGGGCAAGGGUCCCUGGGCCUCGGAGGUGUCCGGCCUGGUGAAGAUUGGACAGACCAUGACCAUGGUGCUGGCCAUCAAGGACGAUGACUCCAAGUUCGAUAUGCUCGUGCGCAACUGUGUCGCCCACGACGGCAAGCGGGCGCCCAUCCAGCUGGUCGAUCAACGGGGCUGCGUCACCAGGCCCAAGCUCAUGUCACGCUUCACCAAGAUCAAGAACUUCGGCGCCUCCGCCUCGGUGCUGUCGUACGCCCACUUCCAGGCGUUCAAGUUCCCCGAUUCGAUGGAGGUGCACUUCCAGUGCACCAUUCAGAUCUGCCGCUACCACUGCCCCGAGCAGUGCUCCGCGGAGACGAACCUCCAGGAUGUGCAUCACCUGCAGGUGGGGCCCGAGUCCCAGUACGGUCCGCCGCCGCCGCAGCUGCAUGUGGACGCCUACCACGUGGCGAGUGCCAUUGGCAAGCGACGAGAUGAGCGCCGGGUGCAGCGUCGCGCCCGAGCCGUUGCCGAGCCGCAGGUGGGUCUCAAUCGCAUCAUCAAGGUGGUGUCCUCCGGCGAUCUGACCUUUGCCAUUGACGAACAGGGCGGCGGCAAUGCCACCAAUGCCUCCGGUUCCGGUUCCGGUUCGACAGCGCCCCAGACAAUGGUGUUCCCGGUACGUGAGGAGGGACUGAUAUGCAUGACCACGCCGGGCUUUGCCAUCACGCUGAUCGUGCUGCUGGGCAUCCUGGUCACCUCCUGUCUCACGUCUGCCAUCCUGUACGUUCGCCUGCGCCCCUUCUCCACGUUCAGUGCCAAGGAGCGGGCCGUUGCCUUCACGAAUCCCCAACUGGCAGCGGCAGCCGCCGCAGCCGCAGCCGGUGCACUGCCCGUACUGCAGCUGGCGUCGCCAGCGGAUGUCCAAGGCACGCUCUCCAAGAAGCGGGCGCUGUCAUGAGCUAACCCCAACU